AUGAAAACAUCUGAAAUAACAGAUUGGUUCAAUGAGCUCAAGUCUCGUUGUCCAAAUGGUAAAAUGACAAAAAAAGAUAUGUUAAAAUGCUAUAGAGAUUUGAGUACAUGUGACAUGGAUAAAGUUGAACAUGUUGUUAAUGCUAUAUAUAAAGCAUUUGAUAUAGAUAAUGAUGGCAAAGUCGAUUUCAAAGAAUUUGUCAUUGGCUUUUUAUUAACCACAAAAGGAACAAUGGAAGAAAAACUUGAUUAUACAUUUCAACUUUAUGAUAUAGACAAAGAUGGUUAUAUUGAUCAGACAGAAAUUGAUGUUAUGGCUAAAUAUGUACUACGUAUGUUAGGUGGUAAUGGUAAUGAGCUCGAAUCGAUUGAAUUGCUCAAACAUUUUAUUAGUUCAUGUCAUUGUAAUGAACAAGGACUUAUAACUAAAGAAAAUUUUAUUCGAGCCUUAUCAAAAAAUGAAUUACUUAGUCAAUUAUUAUCUCCAUUUACUUGA